AUGGUGCUGCUGCUGCUCGUCGAGAAGAAAGCGUCCUCGGAGCCUAUCUACGACAUGAUCAAGCAGCUUGCGGCUGACCGCAAGCAGGAGCGAGCCGUGGCGAAGUCCAAGGAAGUGCUGCGCAAGAAGGACGACCUGACGUUGCCCCCGACAUGA